AGUUACGUUGCAGAGAUCUUGGACAAGGCCAAGUCAUUUUUUGCACAAUGCCGUCCGUAGAAGAGGAACAAUAUGAGGCUCCUGGAUCUCCCGUACCGAAUGGCUUUGGGAUACCCUCACCUGCCGCCCCUUGCCCACCUAACCGACCAGAGGAUAUUCAUCGCAUAGUCGAAACAGUAGAUAGAUACAAUCCGCAAAAUAUCCCCGUUCUGGAAAGUUAUGUGGAGGAGCAAAUGGAACGUGACGUUUACGACCGCGAUGCGUGCCUCGCUGUUUUGAAACUUUACCAGUUCAAUCCAACAUUCAACAACAUCGAAGUAGUGACCAACAUUCUUGGUCUUGCACUUGGCGCUCUGCCCGACCCAGACUUCAACUUAUGUCUUUACAUGCUGAACGAAGAUAUACUCACCGACAAUAGCGUAGAAAAACUUAUACACUUGCAUCAUUUGUUGGAGCAAGCAAAGUUCCAAGAGUUUUGGGCGUAUCUAAACACAACGGAAGGCGCGCGAGACCUAGUGGCAAAGUACUUACAUUUCGAUCGAAGGAUUCGAGAGUAUGCAUCUGUCACUGUUGGGAUUGCCUACCAAGCGAUUGAGAAAGAAAGGCUCGGCGAAUAUCUGGCGUUGGAAGGAGUGGAUCUUGACCAAUGGAUUGCGGAAAAGGGAUGGAAUGUGGACAAAGACUCGAAGCUUGUCAACCUACCAAUCAGCAAGGAGAACCAAGCGAGACCAGUGAUUGUGCAGGAGAGUAUCAAGUUCGAACAGCUUACCAAGAUUAUCGGCUAUGGGCGACUCACGCAAUAGGGUGGCAGCCCUGUCUGAAGUGCAUUUGUAUAGACCCCUUUUCAAUAGUCUAUGUAUAGUAGGGUAGCGAGGCUGACGACACUAAAUUCCGGGACAGCACGUAAAGCAGUUGCUAAAGGAGCUUCACAAGCACGGGCCUGACUUUGAAAACAAGAAUGUUUCUGGCGGGGAAUCAGGCAAACCAUUACAUCUUGUUAGAGCAGGAAAGCGUAACUACAGUCAUUGCACAUCGCGUAAAGUCGCAGAGAAAAAGGUCCUAAUCUUCGUCUUC